AUGAGUUCUUAAAUAAAAAUACCUUAAGGUUUAGUACCUAAGAUUCUAUGUUAAAAAGUUAGUUGUUUAGAAAAAGAAUAAAAAUCAAUAAAAAAAAAACAAGAAGAUAGAGAAAUAUUUAUUUGUAAUUUAUAAAAAGGAAUUGAAGAUGAAUUUGUAACAAAGUGUAAAAGGUGUAUAAAUACUAAAGGAAAAAAUUAAACAAAAGAUUGCAUGAUAAAUUUGGAGAAUUUAUAUUUAGUGUUGAAAAACUAAAACCAACUUGAAAAAGAAAUUUUAAUAAAUUUGGAAGAAUUAGAAAAAAAAUUAAAUAUUCUAGUUGAAAAAGUCAAUUAAGAAGUUUUUAGAGUUUAAUCAAAUAUAAAGGAGAUAGGUUAAACAAUUAGAAGGAUGAUUUUAAUUUAAUAAGAAUCUGAUAUAUAAAUGUGCUUAAAUGGAAAAUAAUAAGCCACUCGAGAAUAAUUAAUAAAAAUGAUAAAAGAAUUGAGAGAAAAAAUAAUAAUUGUAAGUGAAAAUUAAGAAUUAAAUUAAGAUUAACUAAAUAUUAUUUAUGAUAAAGGAACAAUAAUUAUAGAUGAUUUUCUUUAAAAUAAAUUAGCUUAAAUGUCAUCUAAAUUUCAUAGUUUUGAGAAAUUAGUUUCAUAAAUAAAUGAAAAUGAAUUUUAUGAUAAUCAAAUACAAUAUGAAUAACUAAAAUAAAAUUAUAUAGAGAUAGGAAAAAUAUAGAAGAUUGAUUGUAGAAAGAUUUAUAAUUUAAGAUUUAAUAGAUCGAAUAAUUUAUUUGCAAUAGGAUCAAGUUUUUUAGAUGAAUAAAAGUCAUAAUGUGUUAAAAUAUGGAAAAUUGAUACUAAUAUUGUUGAGAUUGCUGUACUAUAAUAAUAUCCUGAUGUUACAGCAUUAUGUUUUAAUGUUAAAGAUGAUUCAUUAUUUACAGGUGGCUCAGAUUCAAAACUUAUUUAUUGGUAAGUAUAAUAAGAUGGAAAAUAUGAGGAUCGAAAUUUGGGAUCUGAAAUAAAAGGAAAAAUUAAUUGUAUAGAAAUCAACCAGAACUCCAAAGUUUUGGUAGUUGGAAGUGAGGAACUAAACAUUUUUAUAAAUGAUGGAUAGAAUUGGGAAAUAAGUAAUAAAUUCGAAAAUUUAGAAGUUAAAUCAAUUGCUUUUUCUAAUUGUAAUCAAAUUAUAAUAGCUUAUUGUUUUAUUAAUUAAUAAUAUGUAGUCUAAUUAUAUUAAAUUUAAAAGACAGGUAAAAUAUCUAUUAUUUAAAAUUUGACAGAAUCGAUUAGUUCUCUAUAAAUUUAGCCUAUUUAGAAGACAAAAUUUAUUUUUAAUAAUUAAAAAAAUGAGAUUAGCAUAUUUUGUUUGGACAAUAAUGGUAUUUAAUAAAUAAAUGAUGAUUCAAUACUGAAAUUGAAUUAAAUCUACAAACGUUGUAUUGACAAUAACAUAACAAAAGAUAAUACCAUUCUUUUAGCUUUUACAAAAUAAGUUAACAAUAAUUAUUAGACACAUAUACUAAAAAUUAAUGAAUAAAAUUAAGUAUUUUAAUUUCAAUUUCUACAAUAAAAAGCAUAGAAGUUAUUUUUCUCAAAUAAUGGUUAGUUACUUGUUAUUUGGGAUAAUGAUAGUUUAAUUGUCUUAAAGGAUAGUUCUAAAUAGGAUUGA